ACGACGAAAGAAAACUCUGAAUCAAGUUUGGGUGUUUUGACGUUCCUUCCUUGAUUCAUUCCCUCUUCUGUUUCCCGCCAAAACAGAAGAGCAGAGAAAGGAGCGAACGAUGGCGAACAAGGUCAUCAAGCAGAUGGGAUUACCCAAAUCCAUCGCCAACAUCUUCACCGCUCGUAACAUCAUCACCGCCAAAGACGCGUUGUCUCUCACUGAUUUUGAGUUGAUGGAGUUGUUGGACGUUGGAAUGGCAGAAGUAACAUCUGCCAUGGCACACAUUAGUGAAGUUGUGUGUCCACCUUGUCAAACUGCGUUACUUCUGAUGGAGCAGCGAGUACGCAAUGAGAGCCUGGCCGGUCAUCUUCCCACUCGUUUGAAAGGGUUGGAUGAAGCCUUGUGUGGUGGUAUACCCUUUGGUGUUUUGACUGAGUUGGUUGGUCCAGCUGGAAUUGGCAAAACACAGUUUUGCUUGAAGCUCUCACUGCUGGCUUCAAUGCCCGCGAGUUGUGGAGGCUUAGAUGGCCGCGUGAUAUAUAUUGACGUUGAAUCCAAAUUCAGUUCGAAAAGAUUGAUAGAGAUUGGAUUGAAGAGUUUUCCUGAAAUAUUUCACAAAAAGGGAAUGGCACAGGAGAUGGCUGGUAGAAUCCUGAUUUUGCGUCCUACAUCACUUUCUGAGUUUGCUGAGUGUUUGAAGCAGAUCAAAGUAUCCCUCCUCCAGCAACACGUAAAGUUGCUCAUCAUUGACAGCAUGGCUGCACUGGUUUUAGGUGAACAUGAUUGUGGGGCUUCAAGACAUCAAGCAUUGGGUUGGCAUGUUUCUUUUAUCAAGUCACUUGCUGAAUUUUCACGAAUUCCAAUUGUAUUGACAAAUCAAGUAAGAUCUCAAACUGGUGAUGAAUCUCGCAUGUAUUCGUUUCAAGCAGCACAGAGCCACUCUAUUAAAAAAGACAAUCCUGCUACAUAUGAUUCUCAUCUUGUUGCUGCCUUGGGCAUUAAUUGGGCUCAUGCUGUGACCAUCCGUCUUAUACUUGAAUCCAAAUCAGGUCAACGAUUUAUCAAGUUAGCAAAAUCUCCCAUAUCACCUCCCCUGGCUUUCCCUUUUAGCAUAACUUCGUCAGGGGUGGUUCUGUUGGAUGAUGAUGGGAUGGAGAUAAGAGGGCCAGAAAUAAAUACUAUUCACUGUCAAGGUCAAAAUGCUCUGUUUAAUUUUGAAGGGGUAAGGCACCAAUGAUCAGUCCAUAAUAUGUGCCUGCCAAUUAUAUGGUGUGUCAUGACAGUAUCCAUUUAUGUCCCACUCAUAUCUAUUAGCAGUUCAACAAUCCAUCUGCUUUCAGAAAUUCUGAGGUUAGUUCAGUUAAUGUCCUUGGAAUGUAUAUCUUAUUGUUCUAAGCUUUCAUACUUGCCCCGGAGCUUCUGAAUGUAUUUUUCCAGCCAUAUAGCCUAAAAUAGGUAAUUGUGUUAAUUAUUUACUGCGUAAAUUUUUCCAUAUUAAUUCUCUUUACCUUUAUCAUGAGAUUAUUGAUGGCAAUUGAAUCUGAAGUAUUUCGUGUCUUUAGGCUACAAAUAUCAAAUAUGUGAACACGAAUUCUAAUUUAAUUUUAUGAGAUGAUUUAGAUCCUUACAUUUAGUUGUGGACAGUUGCACGUUUCCCCCUCUGCCAUUGUUUGUCACCACUCACGAUUAUGUUUCUUGUCUUUGUAAAAAUAAGUGAACUAUAAUAUCAUAGCAUGGAGCUCAGCUUGUUUGAUUAUUUUGAUCGAAUGUAUUAGCUUCAUGACUUCAGAUCUCAACUUUGAGUCGGUGACCAUGUGGUUCCAAAAUUUGUUGAACUUAUAAUGCUUCACUUCCAGCACCUUGCAAGUAUCCAUUAGUCAUCAUCUCAUCAAGCAAAUCUUGCACUAGGACUCAUGCUGACUCAAAGAUGAUUUAUUUCGUAUUUGCUUCUGUCUUUCGAAGACUUUUAUAUGCUCAUAUUUUGUUCUUCGGAAUAAGCUGUUUAAUUAUGUUCCUAGAAUUUAUGUUCCUAUAUGUUAGGAACGAUGGUCAGGUAUCAAGGCCACAAGAGAGAUUGGCUCAUCAUGAGGAUGUGGGCCCUAAAGUAUGGAGGGUAUAUUCUAGGAGGGGCAAGAAAGGGAAUAGUGGCUAACCGUCUAACAGAAUAGAGAGAGAUUGAGUGAUUGUAAUAUCUCCAGUAUAUAAGGAGAGUAAGAGAGGUAGAGUGGGUAUCCAGAGAAUUGCUAGCUGUUAGUAUGGAUAGGAAGCAUUAGCAAUGCUUCCUAUAGGAGCAUUGCUCUGGGCAGAGUAUUUGGGAGCACAUUCCUUCUCUGUAAUUUCUUUCCACAAUCAAUAAACAAUAACUUUCCUGCA